AUGUGCAGCUUUUUGGUGACAUCUUGGCUUCUAUCGAAUCUUACGGUUGUGAACUAUUUCUUACUUCCUAGAGGGCCGGACGGAACACAGACUCUCCGAAAAGGUCCAUUUGUGUUCGUGCACAAUCUCCUCCACAUGACCGGCGAACGCGUGUGGCAGCCGUUCGUGCAGGAUAAGGUGGUAGCUGUAUACAACGGCGAGAUCUACAAUGCACGGCAGGUUCCGCAGGGUUUUGAGGAUCGACAUCUGUAUCGGUCAGACGGCGAGUGCUUGCUACCAGCAUAUUUGCAUCUGGGACCUCGUUUUCCUCAAACCUUGGAUGGAGAGUUUGCGCUUGUGGUUGUGGAUCUGGACAGCCAAGUGGCAGUCUUGAGCACUGAUGUCUUUGGCACCAAGCCCCUUUGGUACUCCUUCUACGAGGGAUUGCAUGCAUCUUCAUACCGGUCGGCCCUGCUGCGACUCGGAAUCCCGGAAAAUGAAAUUCGAGCUGCCAGACCCAACGAGGUCCUGCAGCUUACCCUCAGCUUCAACGCAGACGCUCCACAGCUUGGUGCGAUUCUGGUCACAUCGGUCAAGCAUCACUCUGUGCACGAGUUCGAUCUGCGCCAGUUUAAGACCUCGACGCAGGACUGGCAGGCUGCCUUCAGCAAAGCCGUUUGGAAGCGUGUCGCUGCAUCAAACCAUCCCAUCUUCGUGGGACUCAGCAGUGGAUACGAUUCUGGGGCUUUGCACGUGGCCCUCGAAGCUGAAGCUGCUGCGCAUUCAGUGAACUAUUUCACUGUGGCCGCCGAGGAGCUCCCUGAUCUCAUUGACAGGCGUCUCUCUCACAACAGGUCGGUUUCUCGAGCCUUCCUUCUAAGCCUGUCACUCCAAGACUUUCAGGCAGAGCGAUCUUGGCUUGAGCUGACUUCUGAGCCAUUCCGAUACGGAAAGAGCAAUUGGGCAGGAGGAUCCGUUCAAGAAGAUGGUGCCGCCACCGGCCUUUCUGCGAUAUUCAGGCGUUGUCGGCAAGCCGGAAUUCUAGUCUACCUUUCGGGGGCAGGAGCAGACGAAGUCAUCUCAGACUAUGGCUUUGCUGGGGUCAAAUAUUUUCCUCACAGUUCUUUCGGUGGCUUGUUUCCAGAGGAGCUAGCAUCCAUAUUCCCUUGGCGAUCCGUUUUCCUGGGGACACAAAGAGACUACCUGAUGAAAGAAGAAGUCGUGGCCGGGAGCCAUGGGAUCGAAGCAAGGUAUCCGUUUCUUGACAAGCGGGUUGUGCAAGAAUUCUUGUGGCUCACACAUACAGUCAAAAACGCUUUGUACAAGCGGCCUGUUCAUGAUUUCCUGUCAGCUGCAGGGUAUCCGUUUGAUAAGGGAAACAAAGAUGGCUUUGCAGCUGGACGGAAUCUAAAACUGUGGGGUGACACGAUGGUGGAGGUGUUAUACGACUCACUACUGUCAGUAUCACGGCGCACCACCCAAAAAGAAGUUGAACCGUUGGGGCAUCUUCGGAGUGGUCCGUGGCAGCUUGCUAGAUCGCAGCUGGUCGCUUUUCUGUCUACACCAGAAAAUGAUGUAGAAGCAGUUGGCGAGCUUGCCGGGGCACUUCUUGCCUUUUUCCAGACUGACAGUCAAUCUGAGCCUUUUGUUCUUGGUGAACUAUGCCUGCAGUUGCUCGUCCUUCUCUUGCUCGAGCCGAGCUCCAGAAUUGAAAGGACAACAGAGGGUGCAGAGAGCACUUUUUUUCUAUCUCUCAUCUUCUCAAUGUCCUGGGAGGCAGUGAUUUUGUCCGGUUGGCCGCUCUUCGCGCUCCUUGUGAGAUUGGCAAAGGAUGAACAAGCCCACGUCGGAGUCCCUGACGGAGACUCGUGUGAAGCUAGCGCAAACACACCCGCAUCACUCGAAGCCGCGACUGCAAUUCUGCAGACCGUCCUCCGAAUAAGCGAUGCAAGCAAAGCCGGCAUUAGGCGAGCCAUACCUUCCAUUCGGUCAGCACAAGACCAAGUGGUUAAUUGCUGGACAGAAGCUGCAGGCUUUCGGACUGUCCUGCAGAACAAUCGGAUGCAGAACCUCUUCGCUGCAUUGGAAAGGUUGAGCGAGCCUCACUACCGGGUAAAUCUUGCAGAUGCAUGGCAUUUAGCUGGAGCCGCAGAUGCUGGGGUGUGA